CCUGCCAGGGGAUCGCGAGUAAAAAUAAUCCUUCCCAGGACAGCCUACGACAGGAUUGACGCACACUUUCUGCAGCUAAGCCGCCAGACUUGCAAGCCCUACGGACCUGCAACGUGUCAGGGAACACAUCAUCCUAAGCCCGUCGUGUGUGUGAGCUGCAAGAGCCCAAGCAAAUUACAAGAACGCCAGCAGCCGCUGCAGGUAGCCAAAUAUGUCGGACUCCCCCCAAUCUCCUCCCAAGGAUGUCGACCAAGGUGUACAAUCACCGGAAGAGGAACAAAUGAACGAGGCUCAAGACCCACAGUCCGGUGGACUCACCUAUGAGUUCGAGGUCAAGGAGCAGGACCGCUGGUUGCCCAUAGCCAAUGUUGCCCGCAUCAUGAAGAACGCGCUUCCCGAAAAUGCAAAGAUCGCCAAGGAAGCGAAAGAAUGCAUGCAGGAAUGUGUUAGCGAAUUCAUCUCCUUCAUUACGAGUGAAGCCUCGGAGAAGUGCCACCAGGAGAAGAGAAAGACGGUGAACGGAGAAGACAUUCUAUUCGCCAUGACCUCUCUGGGAUUCGAGAACUACGCCGAGGCCCUUAAGAUCUAUCUCUCGAAAUACAGAGAACAAUCUCAAUCCAACAGGGGAGAAACCUCCCACCGUCCAGGCAGCAGCGGCUACGGCGCCAACCCGCCAACAGGAGCGGGAAGCUUCCAGGCCGAGCCUCAAAACAGCGUCCUUGGAGGUCAGCAAGGAGACGGCACUGCCGAUGCUCAGGGCUACAUGUACGGCGCGCAAACUGGGCACAAUGGCACCGGCGGCGCCGACGGCUACCAGUGAUGCAUUUCGCACCUGAGUGGGCUGUAUAGUGUUUUGAAAGGGCGAUUUUUUUUUUCCAUCUCGACAUAUAUGUACUAGCUGCGACUUGACGACGACCAAGCCCGACGGUAAAGGACGCCUGGACAUAAGUUCAAGUCUGUAUAAGUACGGAGGCAGGAGGUCUCAUGACUGCCUGACCACGGAUGGAAAGGGGCACAUGGUUGUAUAUGAGGGCCUCAGGAGUCAGUCAUGGGAAGGGGAGCGGAACGGUUAACCCAAAAGUGUGGAGUGGAGGGGAUUCGUCUUUUCUUUGACUCUUUGUCUAUUUGAUAGAUUC